AUGGGAUCUGCGGGUUUAUUUGAAGUUGGUUCAAAUGUCAAUUCAGUAUUUGGUUAUUCUCAAAUAAGAGUUGGAAGUGAUUAUCCUGAUAAAAAAGGUGUUCGAGUAUCAGUUGUCACGUACAAUUCAAUCGCUACAAUUCGUUCUAAUCUUAGUGAUUUCAAGUCUGCUGAUGAGUUGACAAGUAUGAUCUACUCAUUGAAACCAGGUGAUUCAUAUAAUUCUAAUCUUCAAGCCGAUAGCGAUGAGCCCUCAAUUUCUCAACUGGGAGAUGAUUUAAAAGCGAAUGGAGUGAAAAUUGUGACAGUGGCUGACAUUACGAGAAAUAACCGGCAGCAAAUUUCCAAACUAAAAUCACUUGCUAGUAAAGGUGAUGGAUUUAAUAUCAACGACGAUUAUGUUUCAGAAGAAAUCCAACAUGCAAUGUGCCGAGCUGAUUGCUUCUGUCCCCGUAUGUACCAUCAAUUUAUGGCAAAUCAAAACGGAACAGUUCAUGCUUACGGAACAUGCGUCAGUUACAGUAUCGAGAACAUCAGCUGGAGAAAUGCAAAAUUCUUCUGCCAAAACUUGCAUAAGCAAGGACAUUUGGUAACGGAAUACAGUAUUGAGAAGCAUAUUUUCAAUCGAAAUCUCUUCUCAUCACUCGCAUCUCAAGCUGAUCCGCUCAAAUAUCAUAUCGGCCUACAUUUCGUAAACAAUGGAUAUUUCUGGGAACAAUCGGAUGGUUUCCCUUUAACUCCACUAACGACUCCACUAUUUCCUAUUGCCUCGAAACCAGCUUUCACUCAACAAUGUAUUUCCAACUUGGAGAAUAUCAGCACAAACGCUGUGACGUGGCACAAUGAGAAUUGCUUCAACGAUUUGAAGCCUUUGAUGUGCGAAGUUCCAACGUGA